CUGUGUGACUUACUACUGAAGAGGUCAAUGUGGUUCAGUGUGGUUUUUGGAGUGUUUCUGCAUGUAUGUUUAUUUUCAUAAAAUUAGUAUUUUAAGCAGUCUACAGUAAGAGGAGACCUUAAAAAGAAACUGACAAGCAGCGGACUGUUUCUGCUCUCACCACAAAAGCAUUUCCUGAAGUGAAGAGAUGACACUGUAGUACAAGAGAGGUCUUGGUUCAUUGGUAUCAGUACCAACAGAAGAAACUCUGUUCUAUAAAACACAAACGGCCACUGAAGAGUAGUCAAGAAGAUAAAUCCUGAGAACAGCGAUGUCAAAUUGUACGAAUGACACAUUUCCAAAAUCAGACCAGGUGUUUGUUGCUGUGUAUUCAGUGGUUUUCAUUUUUGGACUAAUCCUAAACCUGACCGCGCUUGUGAUUUUUUUCCGUAACUCUAAAUCACGCUCGCACACCACUGUGUACAUGAUUCACCUGGCCUUUGCUGAUAUCAUUCUGGUUUGUACACUUCCUUUGCGGAUCUAUUACCAUGGGAAGUUAGGGGUUCUGAGCCCAACAAUCUGUGAAUUUGCUGGUCUCAUACUGCUAAGUAACAUGUACAGCAGCAUCUUCCUCCUCACGUGCAUUAGCUUUGACCGUUGCGUAGCAGUCUGCUUCCCGAUGUCUUCUCGUGUCCGUGAGGGCCGCAAGAAGGCAUGGUGCGUGUGUCUGGGAAUCUGGAUCCUAACUAUCUCAACAAGCUUACUGAUCUACUUUCAAAAGGAGCAAGACAAGCCACUGCACAACAACACAUGUUUUAGUGGUUUUCCUACAAUUUCGACUCAAAAACCUGCUCUCGCUUCCACUCUAAUUGUCGGGUUUGGGAUCCCACUAACUGUUAUGAUUUUCAGCUCAUGGGGGCUCAUCCGAGCUAUAAGUAAAAGCACAGCUGUCCAGACUAGCAACCUAGUAGACAGCAAAAAGAUUAAAAGGAUGAUAAUAACAAACUUGGCCAUCUUUCUGUUCUGUUUUCUGCCAUAUCAUGCUAUGCUUGUGCUGCUUGUUGACAAUAGAGGUAAGGACUCACUGUUAAAAGCCUACCAGUAUAGCCUCAUGGUAGCCUGCCUUAAUGCAAUGCUGGACCCCGUGGCAUACUAUUUCACAACGGAGACGUUUCGAAAAAAAAUGGACAUCGAAGCUGUACACAGAAAACGGCAAAUGAACAGUCACAGCUCAGACGGACACAACAGCUCACGUGCACACAAUGUGAAAGCAUCAGUGGAGUCUAUUCAACUCACAAGAUCAAAAUGAAUGUUCAUGUAGGCUUAGUCUCUCGUCGACAUUGUUUACAUUACCAUUCACAUAUAGUGAUCUGCUUUUGUAAGAAGGAAACAUGAUGAGCGAUAGAAUAAUCAUGUAUGACUCAAAAGUUUUUUCAAAAAAAAAAAAAACCCACAAGAAAUCUGACUUUUACAUUUCUGGAUGAACUGCUGACUGCAUGCAAGCACAGUAUGUGCAAAAAUGAGCGUGCUGUGUAGCCUUGCUCUUUAUCAUAUGCAUCUCUGAUAAAGUAAAUAAAUGACUCAUUCAGUCAUUGAUGUGCAACCCCUAUUAUUUUCACAACGAGCUCUCACUUGGGAGCCAUUGUAAUAAAUGUAACAGUAUGACAAAUUAGGAUCAUUAUUUUUUGAUGAAUAUAUGCAAAAGACAGUGAACUUAUUCUAAGACAGUUAGAUUAGAGCAUUAUAUUCUCAUCUGCAUUGCAGUAAUUAUUCAUAACCUUUCAGUUUUGCAGCAGUUUUUGUUCACGUAUUUCAAAUGUUAACAUUUGUAAGUAUUGAUGCAUUAUAAUUUUGCAUGUGCACUUUUGAUAUGUGCAUGACAUUUUGUUACUUUUCAAUAUAAUAGUAGACUAUAUGGACAUAUGUGUUUAAUUUAAAAUUUCCUGCUUUGAAAUUUCCUGUUACAUAGUGAAAAGUUUUAAAAGUUUUGAUAAUGGUUGUUUGAAAAAAAAAAAAAAAUCCUCUUUCCUGCCUGUUUCCACACCCUUCCCCUUCUCCACCACAUCUGUUUGACCUAGUACACAUAGCUUGUGCUGAGUACAACAGAAAUUGUGUAAAUAUGUUAAUAAAAUUGAUUAAU